AUUAAUCGUUUUCAGAUUGAAAAUGGUUUCAUGUGGUCUAUUCUACUGGCUGAUAAGAUAACAAACGAGCAAACUGUUCUACGUACGUGUCUGUUAGUGGGUAUAUUGUGCACUUCGGAGCCCUUCCGAGUAUAUUUUCCAUGGCCGUUCUCCUCUUGUUCGAGAUGAAAAGGCAACCCACCAACUCGAUGACUCGUUUUCCGGCGACUCAGCUCUUCUGCACCGCCAUCUUUGUUCUGUUCGCCGCCGCAGGAUCUAGGGUUUCAGCAGCGGCGGCGCAAGAGCUUCUCAGGGGCUUCACGGCCAGUCCAGAUCCAUCGGGCUCGUCCUUCCAAUCUCUGCUCCGUGAUACCGCUGGCAACUACUCACUGGGUUUCCUCCGAGUCAACCGGGCCCAACUUGCUCUCGCCGUUAUCCACGUCCCGUCUUCUGAAGCUCUCUGGGUGGCCAACCCAACCCGGCUACCGAGGUGGUCGAAAGCGACUCGGGUGUUGUUCAAUGGCAGCCUUGUUAUUUCCGACCCUCAGACUGGGGUGUUUUGGUCAACUCAAACCGACGGCGACCGCGUUUGGCUAAACACCUCGAAUCUCGAAAUUCAAAAGCUCGAUGCUUCCCAUUCUAUACUGUGGCAAAGUUUUUAUUUUCCCUCAGAUACCCUCGUGGAGAACCAAAAUUUCACCAGUACCAUGUCUCUGGUUUCUUCGAACGGACUCUAUUGCAUGCGGUUAGGAUCCGAUUUCAUCGGGUUAUACGCCAAUUUCAAUCAAGCCUCGGGCUCGGGUCAGAUUUACUGGAAGCACAGAGCUUUAGAGGCCAAAGCAGACGUAAUCGACGGCCAAGGACCCAUUUACCUCGUUCUCAGCCCGGACGGGUUUCUGGGUAUGUACCAAAACAGGUCGGUCCCCGUUGAUGUCCAAUCCUUCAGCAGCUUUCAACAGAGAGGAUCGGGGGCCCGACGUGUCCGGCUAGAACCGGACGGGAACCUAAGAGGGUAUUUCUGGACCGGGUCAAGUUGGGUCUUGGACUACCAGGCAAUACCCGAUUCGGACCAGUGCGAGCUCCCUAGUGCUUGCGGGUCGUACGGCCUCUGCCAACAGGGUAAAGGCUGUUCUUGUAUAGACAACCGGACCGACUACAACUCCGGCCAUUGCUCUUCGUCGGAGAAUAACUCCGGCGACUUCUGCGGCCAAAGUAACAAUUCCAAGUAUCGGGUUGUAAGAAGAAAUGGCUUGGAGUUACCAUACAAAGAUUUAAUGGGCUUUGAAAAAAUGGGCUCCCAGGCCCAAUGUGAGGAAGCCUGUGAAAACAACUGUACAUGCUGGGGCGUGGUGUACACUAACUCAUCUGGGUUCUGCUACACCCUAUCCUACCCCAUACAGACAUUGGUGGCUGUUGGGGAUGAGACCAAGGUGGGGUAUUUUAAGGUUGCUGAAGGUGCAGGGAAGAAGGAAAUGGGCGUCGGAUAUGGGGUUGGGAUUGGAUUCUUAUGCGUGGCCGUCUUGUCAUUUUUGGUACUUGUAGGGUUUGUUGUUUACAGGCUUAGAAUGAAGAAGAGAGGCCAUAAUGGGUACAUGGAAGAAGAAGAAAAUGGGGUGGGUGUGGGGCCAUACAAGGACCUGGGCUCGGCAAGCUUUAGGUCAAUUGAGCUGUGCCAAAGGUGACGCAAGGAGUGACAUUUUCCUCGGUCCAAGAAAAUUUUAAGUAGUGGGUAUUAUUAUUGAGGAGUGGGAAAGUGGAACACUCAUCUUUCUCGGCUGCCAAACAGGUGAAGGACAUGCACACGUGAUGUUGAAGGUCACAUCUAGCUAGCUGAUGCAGAUGCAAAAAGACAAACCCGACCGUGGAUCUAUCUAUUAUAUAUCUUAUGGGGAUGAUCAAACUCAGAUAUUAAUUAGAUUUGUAUAAUGAAAGGUGCUGGCCUUCGUCACUCACUGGGGAGUUGUACACUUUUGACUUUGAUCAUAAAUUAUCUGAGCUUAAUGUCUUAUUUGCACUGUUUACAACUGGGAAUGAAGAAAUAAUCAUAUUUCCGA